AUGUGGGACGAGGCAACCGGCUGGGGGCAAAGAGUCAGAGACUGGAAGGAAGGGGGGACGGCCUCAACGCACCGCGGGGGGGAGGCGGCGCAGGUGCCGCGGGGCUGGGCGGCGGAGGCGCAGCGGGUGACGGCGGCGGAGGUGCCGCGGGAGACGGCACAGGCGAGACUGUAGUUGUUUUAUUGCUCCGAACCCCGAAAUUCCGGUACACGGGCCAUUACUCCGGAGACUCGGAACCCGCUGUGUUUUUGCUGCUUGUUUUUUUUUUUUUUUUUGAGAUGAGACACAAGCGCGCCUUCGCCCCUUGUGCUCACUCUCAUCUAGCACCCAUCAAAGCCUGACCAGGGAGUCAGUUGAUAAAGAACGUCUAUCUGCAUUUCUCUUUCCAAAGCUUGCUCGGGCCUACCGAUCUCACAGCAGUGUAGACCAACCUCUGUGAUAGAGCGGUGACAGCAGUGUAACCUCUGUGGUAGACUACAAAGUCUACGAGCUACAGAAGCACCGCCACCUCCGCUGCAAGACGCCACAUUCUGUGA